GAAAAGAGGAAGUACAGCAGUCAUGGUAGUGUGAACGGUAUAGGACAGAUAUACGUAUCUUUUAAAGUUUUACGUUGUGCUUUCUUUUUGUAAUUAGGAAACAUGGCUUGUUUCUUUAGAAGAAGAAUUGCGGCAAAGCUGGGUAAGACGCUGCGGCACUCUGAGGAGGUCUUUAUACCAGCUGUGACAGCAGUUCCAGUGAUGAAGAAACAGCAGACUGCUGACUUCAAACUGUCAAUAAGCACGUUGCGAGUCAAUGGGAUUUUACCAUCCAGUGGGGACAUUCAGCUGCAGACAGAAAACUUGGCCUGUACGCUGAAGCAGGACAGUGUGGUGGAAGAGAUCUCUGCUGGACGAGGAGUGAUCAACUUUAAAGUUAAUCGCAAAUUUCUUGCCCAGAAAUUGUUGGAGCCAUUUGGAAAAGGGGAGGAUGACAAAUUUGGGUUAAACAGUGAACUUUUUCUUUCUCUCAAGAGAGGAACAACAUUAGUGGAAUAUAGCUCUCCAAAUAUUGCCAAAAAAUUUCAUGCUGGACACUUGCGAUCUACAGUUAUUGGUAACUUCAUUGCUAAUCUAAAGCAAUCCCUCGGAAACAAUGUUAUUCGAAUGAACUAUCUUGGGGACUGGGGCAUGCAGUUUGGUUUGCUAGGAGCGGGGUUUGGCCAGUUUGGAUGUCUGGAAAAACUGAAACAGAAUCCUUUACAGCAUUUGUUUGAGGUUUACGUUCAAGUGAACAAGGAAGCAGAGCACAGUGAGGAUAUAAAGCAGGCUGCCAGAGAGUUCUUUAGACAGCUGGAGCAGCACGAGAGCCAGGCUGUGUCGUUAUGGAAACAGUUCAGAGAGAUCACAGUGAGAGAGUAUCAGCGUGUUUAUCAGCGGUUGGGCAUUCACUUCGAUGUUUACUCUGGGGAGUCCUUUCAUCAAGAUCAAGCCCAGGAGGUGCUGCAGCAGCUGCAGAGCCGAGGCCUGUUGAAAACCUCUGAAAAGGGGACAGGUGUUGUGGAUCUGUCUCUGGAUGGAGACAUGAGCAACGUCUGUACAGUACUCCGCAGUGAUGGCACAACUCUCUACAUCACCAGAGAUAUCGCUGCAGCUAUUAACCGAAAGGAAAUGUACAAUUUUGAUGAAAUGAUUUAUGUGACCGACAAAAGUCAAGAGAAUCACUUCUCCCAGUUAUUCCAGAUCCUGCUUUCGAUGGGACAUUCUUGGGCUCAAAGGUGUCGGCACGUGUCCUUCGGUCUGGUGCAGGGCAUGAAGACCAGGACUGGAGAAGUGGUAUUUUUGGAGGAUGUGCUGGACGAAGCUCGGGCUAGGAUGCUCCACAACAUGAGCCAGUCAAGCACAACAAAAACCAUGGACAAUCCAGAGGACACAGCAGAGAAAGUAGGAAUCAGUGCACUAAUAAUCCAGGACUUCAGAGGUCCCCUGCAGUCCGACUAUAAGUUUGACUGGGACCAGAUGCUGCAGGCUCAGGGUGACACGGGCGUCUUCCUGCAGUACACACAUGCUCGACUCUGCAGUUUAAUUAAGAGGAAUGAAGGUGUAGAGGCAGCUACAUUUGACCCAUCCCUUCUACAUGAGCAGACAAGUGUCUCCAUUCUGCAGCAUCUCCUUCGUUACGAUGAGGUGUUAUAUCAGUCGGCCCAGGAUCUGCAACCCAAACACCUCAUCAACUUUUUACUGAAACUGUGCCACCUAAUAGCUUCAGCACACAGAGAGCUACCAGUUAAAGGAAGCCCACAGGAUGUUGCACAGGCAAGGCUACGACUGUUCAGUGGAGCGCGCUCAGUCCUGGCCAAUGGAAUGAGGAUCCUGGGUAUCGCACCAGUUGCUAAAAUGUGAAAUUCUAACAGUGCUAAUGCUUUAUCAGUGUUAUUUCCCAGUUGCAGGCACCAUACUGUGGUUAAUUUGUACUUACAAUUUCAAAAUAAAAUCAUCUUCUUUAAUAGAUUUCA